UCUUCGGCAGGGCAGGCAACGACGACAGCGAUCAUGGAGGCGUCGAUGGCCACCGGUCCCGCAGCAAACGCGCCCGCUAACAGCGAGGGCAUAUUAAUCGGGGAUAAAGUUUAUUCUGAAGUCUUCCUCACCUUAGAUAAUUCUCUGAUCUCGGAGGAAAAGCUCUCAACGACCCCGUCUAUGCAGGAUGGCCUGGACCUCCACACCGAGACAGAUCUGCGGAUCCUGGGCUGCGAGCUUAUCCAGGCCGCCGGGAUCCUGCUGCGCAUGCCGCAGGUUGCCAUGGCGACCGGACAAGUGCUUUUUCAUCGAUUCUUCUACUCGAAGUCUUUCGUGAAACACAGUUUUGAGAUUGUUGCCAUGGCCUGUAUUAAUCUGGCAUCAAAAAUUGAAGAAGCCCCUCGAAGAGUACGGGAUGUCAUCAAUGUCUUUCAUCAUUUAAGGCAGCUCCGAGGCAAAAGGAGUCCAAGCCCUUUGAUACUUGAUCAGAACUACAUAAACACCAAAAACCACGUGAUAAAAGCAGAGAGACGCAUACUGAAGGAGCUGGGCUUCUGCGUCCACGUCAAACACCCACACAAGAUUAUUGUCAUGUACCUACAAGUCCUUGAAUGUGAGAAGAACCAAACGUUGGUCCAGACAGCCUGGGUAGUCCAUGAUGGUAAGUGUCAUAAAGAGCCUCUGAACUCUGCUCCUCCAACCACAUGACCUCAGGAAUCUCCCCCUUCCCUUAUUGGCUGCCCUUCUCGAGACAGCCAAUCCAGUGAGAGCUCUCUGCCCGAGAAUCACUGAAGGGGGCCUUUUCCAGCUGCCUGCAGCAUCUUGUUUUCUUGGUGUUGUCCAAAAGGAUUUGUAUUGUUUUUGCUUCAAGUUUCCAGAUUUAUCUCUCUCUCUGUCUGUUUUUUUGGUUUCAAAUUUCAAAGGUAGUUUAAAAUCCUGAAUAUAUAUAUAUAUAUAUAUAUAUAUAUAUAUAUAUACACUUCAUUGACCCAUCUGUAGUUUACCAACUAGGUUUUACUUGGAAAAAGCAGUUUCUUCAAUUCUGUGUGCUUCGGUAUUUUAUGUAGUCAAAGUUACAGGGUUAAUUCACCAAAAAAAUGUAAUGAUCAUUUACUCACCUCGUGUUGUUCCAAACCCAUAUUAAUUUUCUUUCAAAGAUUGGGUGUUUAAGCUGUUUUUCACACAAUGACUACGGGCUUUCAAGCUCCAAAAAUAAAUAAAUAAUUAUAAACUGUUCCAUAUGAAUUUACUGUAGGAAAAGUGUUUUAUGGCACUUAUGUCAGUUUUAGUGCUUGAACCUGUGGUCACUGUUAGCCCUUUUUCACCAACAUUGUUUGGGGGUGGGUACCAGGGCCGGUGUGAGUUCUCGAACUGUUCCGUGUGUCUGGAAAAUGUAGUUCCUAGUAGGGCUGCACGAUAUUGGAAAAAAAAUACAUUGCGAUAUUUUUUCCCAACGAUAUAUAUUUCGAUAUUGUGAGCUGUCAAUAAUUCACCAUGUUCGCUGCAUUAUCUGUUGUUAUACAGACUUGACGUGUCUCAUCUAAGCCCCACGCCGUCACCGCUUCUCUCAGGGCCUCUGCGAUAUUCUCGGCUGUAUGACUCUCCGGGAAAAAUGCCGUCUGCAAACUGCGUCUUUUUAUCUCGAAGUCCUCUGUGAGGAAAUGGACCGUCAGACUUAUGUAGGGCUCCGUUGUCCUGCUGGACCACAAGUCUGUUGUAGCUGCAUAGUAUUCCACGUGAGACAGCUCUGCUUCAAUCUUAGAUUAGCAUUUUUCAUACAGCUCUUUUAUCGCAACUUGGGAAAAAUAUGUGCGGGAUGGUAUAACAUACCACCGCCUGUCAAGCGUUCGGAUCAUUUUCUUAAAUCCCCACCGACGGUGUUUAAUGGCAACAUAUCUUUAGCGAUAUGAAACGUUAUUGCGUCUGUUAUGUCUUUCUGUCGUUGAGAGCCUUUCUGGUAAGGUGUCAUACUGGCAAAGGCAUCGCAAAUAGUUUUUUGUUUUGGUUGACAUCCAGAUUUGACUUUGUAUUCGUCGUAAAGAGCUUUGUGGUGCCGUUUUAAGUGAUCAGACAAAUUGGUGGUGUUUCCUUGUUUUGUGGCCACAACUUUAUAUCACUCCAAGCAAAGUACCUCUUUUUGGUCAACAUCCUCCUUUUUUGUAGCUGAAAUAGUCCCAAAUAGCUGAUUUUGACUUUCUUUUUGGUACGAAAUCAUCCUUUAUUUACGCGCGAUCCUCUUCGUCGCUCAUUUUUAGCUAGGUUUGCCAGAGAAUGUUGGCUGUGUGUGAGCGCGGUGAGCAACUGCACAGCGAACCAAUCACUGUGCUGGCACGCAACGUGCAUGUCACCACAGCAACAAGCCAUACAACAAACUCGUGUUUACUGUGUGCUACCGUUCUCUUAAUACAUCAAUGUGUGCUACCCUUCACAUCGCAUGUUUCGGCGAUGUGACUAUCGCGCAUGCGCACAUCGCGAUGUCGAUGCUAAAACAGAAUAUCGUUCAGCCCUAGUUCCUAGGCUUAAAAACUAGUUCUGCACCAGUCCUAAAAGCUUGCCGGCCUCUUCGUCAUCAGAUAAAAAAAAUUUAAACAACAAUAGUUUGGCUAGCUACCGUCUGCAGCAAGGAGUACUUCACUGUAUAACAAUAAAAAACCCACAAAAAUGGCAGACAUCAAAAGCGUUCAGGAAGCGUAGAGGAAACGAGCGCUCUGUUUAAAUAUGUCCUCAAAAACGGGAGUAAAAGCUGUACACAAACUUAGCCCUUUUUCACUGACAUGGUUUGGGGGUGGGUUCCAAGCUUUGGGUUCCCAAAAGCUUGCUUGUUUCUACGCAGGAACCGAUUAUGGGGCAGAGGGCAGAAAAAUGUUUCGUCAACUUCUGCAGCAAGGAGUACUUCAUUACUCUAUAACAACAAUAAAAAAAAAUGUCAGACAUAAAAGCAAUUGGGAAAUGCAUAUGAAAUUAGCACUUGUGAAAUCAUCUUCUACGGAGAUCCAAGAUAAAUGGAGAGGUCGCCAAAACAAAUAUAAAAAAAUCUACGAGGAGAUACAGCAAGAAAUGAUAUAUGCCGGUGUUUUGUGUCCUCUCAGUAAGUUAUUAGAUUUGCCAACUUUGUUAGCUUUCCGUACACUCUACUCAUCUUAUUUUCCGCAUUGUUUUGUUCAAUAAAAGGAUUUUUGACCAGCUAGUCAUUUAGUAGACUUGUGGGAUUCUCAAUUGAGAUGCAAACAUAUUAUAUGCUAUGGCAAUAAUCCAAAUAUAACUACUGGUUACCUAUUAAGUUUAGAAUACAAUAUAAGGUCUUGCUGUAUGUUUUUAAAGCUCUAAAUGGACUGGUACCAGAUUAUAUUUCUUACCGUCUUAGUUUUCACCGCUCCGAGAUCUCUUGUAUCUAAUAACCAGCUGCUCCUUGAUAUUACCCGGUCACGCUUAAAGGGUAAAGGAGAUUGUUCAUUCUCUGUCGCUGCCCCAAAGUUGUGGAAUGGAAUACCACUAUCUAUUAGAUCCUCUACCUCUGGAAACAUGUUUAAAACCCAUCUUAAAGACAUCUCUUUAGUGAAACCUUUGCUACUUUAAAACAGUCAUUAGGUGUUGAAUGGAUGCAUACGUGCCGUUUAUGGUUAUCUAUGUAUUUUGUAAUUAACUUUUCUUUAUUUUAUAAGAUAUUUUUAUUUUCUUGUAAUUGUACAGCAGUUAGGUACACUUUGUGUUUUUUAAAAGUGCUUUAUAAAUACAUUUUAACUGAAUUGAAUAACCAUCUGCUACACCAAAUUUCAUAACGAUUCCUCUGUAGUGUUUCAUGCUGCACUAUGUAGUGGCAACGCUGUCCCAUACUGAGUCUGCUGCGUGAAACAUACUCUAAACCAGUCUAUUGCGAUUCCACAACAAAUGACUUCUAUGAGAUGUUUGUUUUGAAUCUACAUCGUGACAAGUGCAGUCUGAUUCCUAAACAAAGGUCACUAAUGAGCCGGUUUGUUAAGUAAACAUCGUGAAACACAACAGUCUAAUUUGGUUCCUGAACAAAUGACACAGGUUCUUUUUAGUGAAUCUUACUGUCCUCGUGUUGAGCUUGAAAUGAACCAAGAACUGUUACUGUCUAAUAUAAUGUUUAAGGCUCCUGACACUUAAAUCAGGUUACUGCCUUACUAUUCAUUUAACUGUGUGUAGUUAAAAGAGGUCUACACAUUUUGUUUAAUUUUUAUAUAUAUAUAUAUAUAUAUAUAUAUAUAUAUAUAUAUAUACACACACAAUAAAUUAGUGCUGAAAAUUGAUUAGAUUUAAUAAAAUUAAUGAUAUGCAUAUUAAUUAAUCGCAUAUAUCAUUUUUGCUGAUUAAAAACCCUCUCACAACAGUAAUUCAAUAUAUAAUGGUUUAAAUAUUUUUAUAAAUAUAAUUUUUAAUUUCUGAAUUAUUAUAAUACAAAAAGGCAAUAUAUUGUUUAAUAUCAUUGAGAAUAUGCUUAUUGUUGGCCUACAGGUUUGCAAUAGAAUUUGUACAUCUGCCCUAGUUAGAUUUAUUAUAAGGGCUUUUUUAAGCAUGUGUCAGUGUACUUGCGUCAGAUGGUUGCUGCGUUUUUAGGAAGCUGUGUCAAGUUAAACAUAGUUUAAAACUUAGAAAAACGCAUCUUGAGAUAUUGUGCUCCUACCAGCAGUGUUUGAAUGCAAGAAUAGGUUCUCUUCUUGUGCUGUCACUAGUGUAAAGUAAGCCUGAGCCUGAAGUGUGGUUUGCAAUCUGUACAGCUCCGCCUUGCCUAAACAACUGGAGUUUAGAUUACUGCCCCCUGCUGAAAAUAUAUGGUACUUUAUUCUUUUAAUUGCUCAAGUGGUAAGAGCGUUCCUUAUUACAGUCUGGGGACAUGAUUAAUUGGAUAACAUUUUGAACACAUUACUUUUUGUAUAAUUGUAAAAUCACACUUAAUUGUGAUUGACAGCCCUAAAAAUAUAUAUACAUUGAAAGAAAAAUGUUGGCACUUUAAAAAAAAGUGGAUUUAAUUUAUGCCCCUAACAAGCCUGCGUCACCAUGCAUUUUGCAAGAAAUAUUAAAAAUGUUUCUUAUUUAUAUCUGCUUUGUUUAGAUCUGAAGUGAUCUGAUCAUUUGGCAACAAACUGCUUAGGACACUUAUUUCCAAAAAUAUUUUAAUCGUUCAAUUCCUUACAAUUCCCACCCCUUAGUACCUUAAUUGUAUGGAAAAUAGCUGUGUGAGUAUUCUGCAAAAAACAUUUUAGAAUAACAUAAGGGUGAGUAAAUUGGUGAAUUUUAGUAUUUGGGUCAAUUACAUCUUCAAAUAUAUAUUUGUUAUCAUUAAUUUGGUAAUAGCAGUUGUGUCUCACAGGAACAUGUUUCUCAGUUUACAUCUUGAAUUACUUGUUUCCUACCUGAAAUCUGUGGUGUUUAUAUUCAAGCCCAAUACACAUCUACUAGCCACUAUGAUGACAAGCAGAACUUUGUGGUCCACAUUAUGUGCGUCUGUCUGCUAUUUUUCAGAGAGCUUUGCAUCCCAUAUCUGGCAGAAUUGAAAGAUUUUUAUCUGUCCACAAGUCUACACUCCUCCAUCUAGCCUAAUACUACAGAAGAGUGUAUUUGUCCAUUCUCAAAGCAGCUCCUCUUAAAAUGGUCUCUCCGUCCCGCUUUGACUCCUGGUCACCAUGCCCAAAGCAUGCCAUACUAUGUUUUGAGUUGCUUGCAGUCAUCUGUGCUAUGCCGUACUCCUUUCUUUCCAUUUUAAACUCAUCUGCAUUUUAUAUGGAAAGUGGAGCUAUUUUAAGAUGGCACUGAUGAAAAAAAUAGAUGGAAUUGGAUAUUUUAGAAGUCGCAUCUUGCACGUUUUGAUUUUGACACCCCACCCCAAUGAUCAUGUACGUGUGCUCGUUCACACUGCCUGCAUGCCUUAAUGCUGGAAUAGAGCAACAGAGGAAUGUGAGGCAGAGCGAGGAAAAGGACCAAGUUAAACUCAAGUCUCCAUUUAUUUCUUUUCUUGGUCUUUCUGCAUCAUUUGAGAAAUCUGGAACAUUUAAGGGGAGUUAAAACUGCAGAACAACAAACACCACGGGGAGAUGGCAAUG